UGCAGCAGGUACCAGACAGAACCACGGCAAGCGGAGAGAACCCGAACAACACAGCAGAACACAAUGGCUUUAAAAAUCAUGCUCUUAACGUUGCCGUGUGUGAUGAUGAUGAUGAUGGUUGCUCAGGCUGCUCCUUCGAAGCUUCAGGGAAAACUCGGCGCUCAUCACAAACCUGAAGCCGAUUCUCCCAAAUAUUACAUCAUCGGGAACCUGGAACAUGACAUCAAGCUGGCGUCACACUCCAUCCGGCCCAUCCAAAACGACUCCAUCUCGCCCUGGGAAUACAUCUCCACGACCGAUUCCAAUCGGAUUCCGUCUCAGCUCCACGAGGCCCGGUGUCUCCUGACCGGAUGUUUAAACUGGAGCGGCGUCGAGACCAUGGAGUGGGAGUCCAGGCGGAUUUUCCGGCAGAUUCCGAUCCUGCAGAGAGUCCGUGGCGACGACAAAAACUACUACUUCAGACUGGAGUAUAAAACAGUCUCAGUGGGAUGCACCUGCGUCCGGCCGUACGUCGAGCAGAUAGGACGCUGAUGUUUCUGUGGAUCUAUAUUACUGACUCUCUAUUGUUAUUAUUAUUAUUAUUGUUAUUAUUAUUAUUAUUAUUAUUAUUAUUAUUUAUGUAUCACUUACUUACCUUUUAUGAGAUUUUCUUUUAUUUAUUAGUUUAAUAAGAACUUCAUGCAGGUUUUUCAGAAUGUGUGUUAGAUCUGUUAUUUAUUCACUGAAGUAUGUUUGAGGAUGGAAAGUGAAUUAAAUUAAUUUAUUAAA